CAAUCAAAUCACAUGAAUACCUCUUUGUUAACCUUAUAUCGGAAAGGAAAUCCAGAUUCUUUACCAUCAUCUCCUAAAAAUGAUUUAAUGAUGUCUACCACUACUUCACAAACAGUGCCUAGAUCAGAUACUGUUUCUCCUCAAGCUCCAUCAGUGACCAAAAUUUCAGAAGGUGGAUGGUUUAUUGAUAAGACACCAGGCCCAAAGGAGGAAAACUUUUUUAUUGAUCUUUGUGCAGAAGAAGAAUGUGAUAACAUUAAGCAGAAAGCUAAGAAUGCUGGAAACAAUUCUAUUUUGGAGACCACAAGAAAGAAGUCCAAGGACAAAAAAUAUAAACGGAGAAAAGUUGAAUUUUCUAAUGUAGAUGAAGAAAUAGAGUCAGUUUUGAAGCAGCAGAAAG